AUGACAUCCGACUCGCCUCAUCCCAAUCCCGCCGUGAACGGGGUCUCCCACAUUACAACAACAUCCCUCCACACAACCAUCCGAAAAGUCACCAAGCUCUACACCCAACAACGCUUCCCGGAAGCCUACACUCUCGCCAAACAGCAGCUGGACGCGGGACUGCCGAGAAAUGAACGGGUGGACUGGGUCGCGUGGGAGGCGCUGUGUAUGCUCUUUUUGAAGAUUGCAGGGCGUGUAAAGGAUGAACAGGGCAGGGACUUGGGUGGCGAGUGGGAGUAUGUGAUUGGGAGGUGUGCGAGGAUGGGAAGGGAUGUGUCGGGGCAGGUUGUUUGUGCUGGGGUUCAACUCCUCAACAACCCCGCCCUAUCCCGCACCCUCAUUGAAACCUGGCUCGCGACCAUGAGCGACGCAACCUACAACGCCAUCGCCACCUCCAGUCACCAAAACCAGUCAACUUCAACCGAGGAAAGAUUACCGCACCCACGCACGGGCUAUCAGAAAGUGGUGGAGUGGUACUGUUUGCGGAUCUUGCCGCAGAUGGGCGAUUGGGUUGGGGCGCGCGCGUUUUUGGAGAUGAAUGAGGUGUUGGAUGAGGCGGAGAGGCUGGAAUACCUGGAACAACUGGAUAUGGCCCAGAUGGAACAGGAGGUCGUCGCGAAGUCCGCUCAGCAGAAGUCGAGCAAACCCAAUGGCGUGAAACCGACCGACCGUUCGCCUCCCUCCGUGUCAUCAUCACCUUCAGCAGCCGUCACGAAAGCCGCAACUGCCUCGCAGCUGUCCUCAACACCAGAACCCAACAUCGCGCACCCUCACAACCAUUCAACAAACUCCCCGCCAAGAACCUCACCUGCAUCGGCAUCAACCAAACCAGCCCCAUCCCCACAAUCACAAAGCACGAAAGUCAUUGUCCCUUCACCCAAACCACCACCGCCCACUCACACCAACCACAACGCCCUCCUCCGCCGCCUCUCACCCCUCGCGGCCCUCCUCGCCCUCCUCGUUCUCGCGAGCCUGCUAAGGAGACUGAAACGCACGCGGGCGGGACGGGUGGUCUCGAUGGUGGUGGAGAGGGUGGUCGGGACGUUGAAGAUGGGGUUUAACUUGCAGACGAUCUAG